UACUACAAAUUGUGAACCCUUUUUUACUUUUUUUAAGUUGCAAGCUGUAAUCCAAGGGGACUUUGUACUUUCUUCAACCAAAAAUCAUAACCAUUAUAGCCUUGCCCCCAUUCUUUUUUUAACUCUUAUAUGGUCCUCUCUUCACUCUCUCUCUACAUUCAAUAUACUGUACUGUUUUGCAAAUUUUCAUAUUCCCCUUAUACUUAAACCUCAUUUCUCUCUAUGUGUGAUGGUCUGCCUGUCUUCGUGAAAUAGAGACGCCUUUGCAUCUUCACACGCGUCUCUACUCUCUUCUUAUCUCUUUCACUUUUUUCAAUUUUACUCUUUCACUAUGACUCCAUCCUCAUAGUGUUUUUUUAAUUUUUUCCAGUUCAAAAAUCUUAAACUCAACGACCCUUUACUUUUUUCCAUCUGGGUUUUGCUCACAUUGUGUUCAUUUAAGCUGAAAAAAACCCAAAGUUAAGCUAAUUUUCCCAUCUGGGUGUGUUUCAGGAACUCAACCCAUUGUUCAUUAUAGCUGAAAUAUACCCAAAGUUUCAAUCUUUACAACUUUCAACCCACUUUUCCCAUCAAGAACUCAACCCAUUGUGUUCAUAUUACCCAAAAGUUUCAUUCUUUACAACAUUUAACCAAAAAUUUCCCAUCUGGGGUUUUUCUAUUUCAAGAACUCAAAAAAAAUGGCACCAUCAUUUAACUGGUGGACAAAAGAAACACAUAGAGGUACACCAGUAGUUGUAAAAAUGGAGAAUCCAAACAACUGGUCAAUGGUUGAACUUGAAGGACCAUCAGAAGAUGAUUUCUUAAUACCAAACAACAACAACAACAUGUCUCCAUACAAACGUGAAAAAAACAGAAACAAAAAUGCCAAACAACUUACAUGGGUACUUCUCCUUAAAGCACACAAAGCCGCAGGUUGUUUAACCUCAAUAGCAUCAGCAUUGUUCAACCUUACAGCCGUCAUACACCGCCGUGUUGCUGCCGGUAGAACUGACACAACCGACCACAAAAACACUGAGAAUCCAGCUGUCAAGAACCGGUUCUAUACUUGCAUAAAGAUGUUUUUAUGGUUGUCUGUGAUAUUAUUAGGGUUUGAAAUAACAGCUUAUUUCAAAGGAUGGCAUUUUAAUGCACCAGAUCUUCAAUUACAGUACUUAUACUCAUUGGAUUUUCAUACAUUUGCUAAUCCAUUAGUUGUUAAGAGUGUUUUUGAUUCAUUUUAUUCUAAAUGGGUGUUGAUUAGAGUGGAGUAUCUUGCUCCUCCUCUUCAGUUUUUAGCCAAUGCUUGUAUUGUACUUUUUCUUAUCCAAAGUGUGGAUAGAUUAGUACUGUGUUUAGGGUGUUUUUGGGUGAAAAUGAGAAAGAUUAAACCAGUUGCCAAACAGGGUGCUAUGGAUCUGGAAUCUGGUGAUGGUACUGGUUACUACCCCAUGGUUCUUGUUCAGAUCCCUAUGUGUAAUGAAAAAGAGGUUUAUCAGCAAUCAAUUGGUGCUGUGUGUUGUUUAGAGUGGCCUAAAUCAAGAUUGUUGAUUCAAGUUCUUGAUGAUUCUGAUGAUCCUACUACACAAACAUUGAUUAAUGAGGAGGUUCGAAAAUGGCAGAAGGAAGGUGCUAAUAUUAUAUACAGACAUAGAGUGAUAAGAGAAGGUUAUAAAGCUGGAAAUCUUAAGUCAGCUAUGAAUUGCAGCUAUGUUAAAGAUUAUGAAUUUGUUGCCAUUUUCGAUGCCGAUUUUCAGCCCAUGCCUGAUUUCCUUAAAAGAACCGUUCCUUACUUUAAGGAUAAUGAGGACAUAGGAUUGGUACAAGCAAGGUGGUCAUUUGUGAAUAAGGAUGAAAAUCUACUUACAAGAUUGCAGCACAUUAAUUUGGCAUUUCAUUUUGAAGUGGAGCAGCAGGUGAAUGGUAUUUUUCUUAAUUUCUUUGGCUUUAAUGGGACUGCUGGAGUAUGGAGGAUUAAGGCAUUGGAAGAAUCUGGUGGUUGGUUGGAAAGGACAACGGUUGAGGAUAUGGACAUUGCGGUUCGGGCACAUCUUCAUGGUUGGAAAUUCAUCUUUCUCAAUGAUGUAGAGUGCCAGUGUGAGUUACCGGAAUCAUAUGAAGCGUAUAGGAAGCAACAACAUAGAUGGCAUUCGGGGCCAAUGCAGUUGUUCCGUCUCUGUUUACCUGCCAUCAUUAAAUCAAAGAUAAGCAUUUGGAAGAAAGGCAACUUGAUAUUUCUUUUCUUCCUUCUGAGGAAGUUGAUAUUGCCAUUUUAUUCAUUCACUCUGUUUUGCAUAAUCCUCCCAAUGACAAUGUUCAUUCCCGAGGCAACGCUCCCAUCAUGGGUUGUCUGUUACAUCCCUGCCACCAUGUCAUUUCUCAAUAUACUUCCGGCGCCUAAAUCUUUCCCGUUCAUUGUGCCAUACCUUUUAUUCGAGAACACCAUGUCCGUGACCAAGUUUAAUGCCAUGGUCUCAGGCCUCUUCCAACUCGGAAGUGCAUACGAAUGGGUAGUCACCAAGAAAUCAGGACGUUCUUCCGAGGGCGAUCUUGCAUCAUUGGUUGAGGAAAAACCAAAACACCAGCGAGGUGUUUCGGAUGAAUGGGAAGUCACGAAGAAAUCUGGGCGUUCCUCCGAGGGAGAUCUUACCUCAUUGGUUGAUGGAAAACCGAAACACCAACGAGGUGUUUCAGUGCCUGAUUUGGAGGAACUGAGGGAGGAAAUUAAGGAGAAGGAGAAAAAGGCAUCGAGGAAGAAGAAGCACAACAGAAUAUACACAAAAGAAUUGGCCUUGGCUUUCUUACUGUUGACAGCUUCAGUAAGGAGCCUACUAUCAGCUCAAGGAAUCCACUUUUACUUCUUGCUGUUUCAAGGUAUAUCGUUCCUGCUCGUUGGCCUUGACUUGAUCGGUGAGCAGGUCGAUUAAAUCCUCAAUAGUUUAGGGAUAAUAUUAGUUCAACUGAAACAGUCAAGUUGAAACCUGACCUUGGUACAUUCAUGUAAAUGAGAAGAAGCAAUGGGUCCGGCCAACCCGGGAGACCGUUAAAGCUGUUUGCACUUGACAAGAUGAAGCAAAGUUAACAUUGGAGCAGAUGGUUGAAGCAAAUGCAGCAGCAGCAUAUUUGAAUAGAGAAAGCCCAUUAAGAAUGGUGAAUAGUGUUCAUUUUAAGCACCCCCUUCCACUGUGUCAUGUAAUUUCUUUAUCAUCUCUGGAUUCUUUUUUUGUUAUAUUCUUUUGUAAGAAGAAUUUGUCUUUGAAACACAUUAAACACGGAAUUUUAGUGGAAGUUGAAUAGUA